AUGUAAUCGUUUCCGAAAAAAAAACACGAAUUCAGGAAAUCAAUUGGCCAGAUACGAAAUAUCAGGUGUUUGUAAAGAAAGGAACUCUUAAUCAUGCCCAAGUCCGAUAAGAAAAACAAAGAGCAUUGUGAUCAUUUCUUCAAACGAUAACAAUUCGCGAAUUCUUCAUGGUUUUGGCUCCAGUUGGGUCUUCAACGUCGGUGGUUUUAACAUCAAUGAUUCCCGUGAGUUCGAAAUUGGGCAAAUGCUGGUGGAAGAGGAAGAUUGCCCGGAUUGUGUUGAGGCUGCGGCCUGGAGAUGAGACAGAAGAAAAAACACAGUAUGGGACAAAACCACCAAUCACAGUCAAACCUCAACCACCAAAAGAUCCCUUCAACUUGAUCUACAUAACUUUCUUCCUAAUAGGAGUGCUUCUUCUCCUACCAUUCAAUUUCUUCACUACCGCAAGCCACUACUGGAUGUACAAAUUCAGAAACACGACACUAACAGAGAUCAGCGUGGAAGAUAGGACGUGGUGGCAGAUCGAGUUUGCAUCCGUCUUGACCAUUAUCUCCCAAACGACCAGCAUGUGCUUCAACCUGCUGGUAACAUUGAUCAGGUACAAAAUCAACACCAGGACAACCAUUCUCUGUGCGAUAUCGGUGAUUCUUCUUCUUUUCGUGGCUGUACUUAGCUUUAUUUUUGUCAAUACGGACACAUGGCAGAAUCAGUUUUUCUUGGUGACAAUGGCAACAGUGGCUUCUAUAAAUGCGAUGAAAUCCUUCAUCAACAUAAGCAUCUACGAAGUCAUAUCAUUCUUCCCACCUGGCUACUUAAUCCCAUAUUUGAUAGGCCAGGGAACAGCAGGAAUAUUCUCUGCAGUAUUCCAGAUUCUAUCUCUUGCCAUAGGAGCAGAUUCCAAACUGACUGCCAUAAUAUACUUCAGCUCCGGUAUCGUCUUCGUCAGCUUCACCCUGAUAAUGUUCACAGUGUCUCUGCAGACGAAUUUCUACAGACACUACGUCAAAAAUGGACUCAUAACAAAGAGGACGAAAGUUUUGACUUACUCAGAAGUUUUCCAGAUAUUUAGGAAAAUGUGGACCAGUGUGGCAAUAAUGGGUUUGGUGAUAUUCACGGUGUUGCCGGUGUACCCUGCAGUGGCUUCUCUGGUGGUUUCGGACAGUCUUGGUGAUGGCAAGUGGAAUGACCUAUUUUUUGUACCUGUCACGACUUACUUCAUGUACUGCCUCUCUGACGUUUGCGGUAGGAUAACAGCCUCCAAAGUGAAGAAGAAACUUAAUGGACCUUACCUGGUUAUAAUAUCUCUUUUUCGGUUUCUACUCUUCGUUCCAGCCGUUAUGAUGUGUAAUGCUCGUCCUAGAAGAAAUCUGCCAGUGUUAUUUCCCCACGACUGGCAGUACAUGAUCAUCAUAAUAACCUUCGGAGCUUCCUCAGGUUAUCUAGCGAAUGUGGCCUAUAUAAACGUAGAAAAUUUGGUGCCCUCAGAUGUGAAGACUGAUGCAUUUUCCCUCCUCUCUACCUCAAACGGAGUUAUACUUUUCCUAGCAUCUUUUAUGGGUCAAUGUCAACGUUUUAUACCAUUCAAAAUGACUAGCACAUUCGGAGAAGAUGUGGAAGAUCAGUAUCAUUUGACAUUUAUCUUGAUGUAUUGCUUGGGAACGUUGGCUCAAGUUUCUGGUUCAAUUUUCCCAAAUGCUCAAAUGUACUGGAAAUACAAGCUGAGAGAUACCAAUAAAGCAUGGAAUCCUUCUUCAAACUCCACCACAGACCUUCAAGAUGAAUUCACUGCAGAUUUUGCUCUUGUGGGGAAUAUUACAACAAUUGUUGCUUUGGUACUUUCUGUUAUUUAUACCAGAACUUGGAAUUUGACACACAGAAUGAUUGGCUGCCUUACUGCCUAUAUAUGCAUGUUUGUCACCGUUAUAAUUUUUGUUGGAAUUGAUACAGAUUCUUGGCAGAAAGAGUUCCUUUAUAUGACGCUGCUGAUAAUUUUUAUGAUAUCCUGUAUCAACGCAUGUUUUCUUGUCACGCUGUUCCAGAUGUGUGCGAAAUUCUCACCAGUAUACAUAUCUGCCCUGUUGUCAGGCCAAGCACUUUGUGGUAUAUUUUCAUCAUCACUUCAAAUAGUAACUCUGAGCAUAGACGCAAAACCAGAGAUCAACGGUUUUCUUUAUUUUUCUGCAACAGUAGCGUUCAUUGUUUUGGUGGCCGUUUCUUUCGUGUCUUGCCUGAAGUAUUCUCCGUUCUUCAUUUAUCAUUUGAAACAGACGAGUAACAUAACAGCCACUAAAGUGGAGAUACCCAAAGGAUUGGUAGCUUCGAUUUUUGAAAGACAAAAAUUCGUGUUUGCGUCUAUGCUACUUAUUAUUGGAAUAAGCAGUAUGGUACAUCCUGGUAUAACUGCUACUAUAGUGUCAACAGAACCUGGGAGCAAAUGGAGUGAUACUUUUUUUGUACCAGUUAUUACAUUCUUUGUUUACAACUGCGUGGAUUUAUUUGGACGUGAGACUGCUCUCAGGAUUGGGAAACCAACAAAUGAAGUGGUAGUUCUUAUACUGUCUCUUCUUCGAAUUACACUUAUUCCUGUACUUCUUUUCUGUAACUUGUCUGCAAAACAUCACUCAACUGUAUUAUUCAAGAAUGACAUAGUUUACAUCUUGGUCAUCAUCCUCAUUGCUAUUAGCAACGGAUAUCUAACGAAUAUAUGCGUCAUCAUGUUACCAAAGUAA